GAGUUUUCGAAACUAAACUAACUACCUUUAGCAAGAUUUUAGACGCAGGUAGCAACCCCCUCUGGCUGGAUUGCGGUGCAUCUGACCGUGUCGAGAGCGCCGUGUCGCGAUAAUGAGUUUCGUCUUGGCCGAUGACGUCCUCUGUAUGAUCCUGGAUAUCCUGGGCGACGAGCGAGACCACCACAGCUUGUUUCAAUGCGCGCUUUCGUCGAGACAUCUUGCAGCUCACUCGAUACCUGUGCUAUAUAAAGUGUGUCAUGCAUCACCCGUACGGGGCGGGGGAACCGAGGAUGAGCAAUUCUUCAACCCUCUCAAACGGCCUCCAUUCAAUGCAUCUCUGAAGCGCAUGGUAGAUCCUGCAGUCCAUAAGUGGGCUCUAUUGUGGCGUUCCCUUGCUCUGUCCUCUCUGGGUCACACCUACCUGCCUUAUUGCAGUUAUCUCCGCUAUCUAGAUCUGGAUGAUCUCGGGGAUCUGCUAAAAGAUCCGAAGUUUAGUGGGCAGAUACGAGAGGACUUCUUUUCGUCAGAACUCUUGGACACUGUUUCUUCCGACUAUGAGGCCAAAGGGAACAAGCGGCUGCGUUCGUCAGCCAAGGGCCCUGACCCCAGCGCCGAUUUGGUCAAGCUCAGGAUUGGUUCCGCUAUCGUCAAGAAGGCUACUUCUAUACGAGGGAUGUCACUCCAUGUCCCUCCGGAAACGUUAUCUGAAUGGGUUGCAGGGUUGCCCUUGCUACAAUCAUUGACAGUAUGGUCCGGCGCAGCUCUAAGUCAACACACCGGUGCCCAGCUUCGCGAGAAUUGUCCGAAGUUCAAGCAGCUCACGAUCUAUUCUUGGAGAGACCGUCCACCCAUCACCGCAGAAGCAGAAUCUGAAGAGUUUCUCAAAGAGCUAAGCCCAGAUACAUUAGAAUGCUUCGACCUAAUCAGCCUGAGUCAAUUGGGACCUCGCUCGGUCGCGGCUCUGGGUUCACAAUUGCAAUCGUUAUCAGAACUCAAGUUAACGAGUCUAACGAUCAAAGCCAUCGCUGAACUGCCUUCUUUAAAGCCACUUCCAUCAUUGAGAGCUCUGGCUUUAGUGGAUUCGGUCCCAAGCCCGCGGAAUGAGAGCUUUUAUGCAAUCGUCUCGCAAGUCGCCGAGUGGAUCGGCAAUUGUAGGUCUUUGCGGCAGCUGGACUUGCGGAGAUUUGUCGACGACCCCUUCCUGUUGUCGCAGACGUUGUCCAAGGAAGGACUCACAUUGACUAAUCUUUCCUUAGCCAAGUAUGAUAUGUCUGGCAGCGAUGCCUUCCAUGAAGCCCUUGGCCGCCAGCAGAGUUUGCGCAGUCUCUGUCUGAGCGGUGACCCCUCUUUUGUCCCCGAGGACAUCGAGAUACUUGUACAAGCAUUAGGUCAGCUGCAUGAGCUACGUGACUUGGAUCUCAAGGACAUCUCGGAUGGCUUUGCCCAAGAGCAUGUCAUAACGUUGACCGCAUCGCUCCCGCAUCUCGAAUGCCUAUGGAUCAGCGGUGAUUUCUUCGACGAUACCGUAUUACAGGCCUUCUAUCACCUCAGGGAGCUUCGAGCCCUUGUAAUCCCCGCCUUCAGUAAAUUUACAGCCGAUGGGAUUUUUGACUUCAUCUCACAUCUGGGCCCGGGCAACACGGGCUUCAGCCUCUCGAUCCUGAAUGCGGUCGAUAGCACUCUCACUGAAGAGGCUCAACUCCUAAUCAGUGAAACCCUCAAGGCGAGCGUAGAUGGAUCAUUCGAUUAUGGAAUUGUACCAUUGGAUGAUAGUGACUCGAGUGUGCCCGAGGAUGGGGUUUAUUGGUGAUGUUGGUAGCUUCAGUCGUGUUAUUGGAGCAGAAAAUGUAGUCUUUUACCGACUAAACUUAGGGUAGCAUCAUGUCAUAAAAGGAACAUUGAAUAGAUCUCAAAUUGGG